UGUGGAUUGUGUGUCAAAAUGUGCUCUGUAUAGUAUUAUGUAUAUGUGUAACUUAGAAAAGUUUAUAGUCGAUACGUGAAACCUUUCGAUACGAAAGAGCUCGUUUCAGCAAAUUUUCACAAACGAAUCAUAUUUCGAAAAGACGUUUUUAUUUUAAUUUGCCGUCAUUUGCAUUUCAAAAGCAACCCGUCCUUUUACAGCCAACAACAAAAAACCAUUUCUUUUUUUUAUUUUCAAUAAAAUUCUCAAUAAAUUUAGUGCUUAAAUUAAAAUAGAGAAUGUCAUCAGCAGCAGACGUUAAUAAUUUGGCAUCAAAGUCACCUGAGCAAGAAGCUCAAUCACCAGCAAUCGUUCAUGCUAGUGAGAGUGACAAAACAUGCGUUGUUUGUUUCAAAAUUGUUGACAUAUUUUCCAUUGGCGAAUGCGAUCAUCCCGUUUGUUAUGAAUGCUCAACAAGAAUGCGAGUUUUGUGCAAGCAAAAUGAAUGCCCGAUUUGUCGUCGAAUAAAUCAAAAGGUUAUAUUCACUUCAGAAAUUUUACCAUAUAAAGAACUCGACCAAAAAAAUCGAUCGUGCCUUUAUGACAAGCAAUUUCGAAUUUGUUUCACUGGUCAACGUGCUCAAAAUGCAUUCAGACGUCUUUUGGAACAUACAUGCAAUAAAUGCAAUAUCGAACCAUUUGACACUGCUGCCGCAUUGAAAGAUCAUCUUCGGAGAAAACAUGAAGUUUUCUAUUGUGAUAUUUGCAUGGAACAUUUGAAGAUAUUCUCUUUCGAACGACGUGCAUAUACUAGAGAACAAUUGGCAAUGCACAGGAGGAAAGGUGAUCCAGACAAUAAAUCGCAUCGUGGCCAUCCGCUGUGCGAAUUCUGUGAUGAACGUUAUUUAGAUCGUGACGAAUUAUUCCGGCACUUACGAAAAGAGCAUUAUUUCUGUCACUAUUGUGAUGCAGACGGUUCAAAUCAUUUUUAUCCGGAUCACACACGUCUGCGUGAACAUUUUAUCGAUCAACACUUUUUAUGUGAAGAAGGAGACUGUAAAGAAAAUAUUUUCACGGCCGUUUUUCGCAGUGAUAUUGAUCUUAAAGCCCACAAAGCGAAUGUACAUGGUCAAACAUCAAAGCAAGCAAGAACCAUUGAAUUUCAAUUCAAUUUGGCGCCACGAGGUCGAGCCAAUCAUCAUCAAGAGAAUAACAAUGCAAAUGUGCAAAAUUCCUAUGAAACAUCAAAUACAACAACAUCCACCACAAAUCUAACGCGUAAAAUAAUCGAUGCAAGAAACGAACAAGAGUUUCCAUCUCUUGGCAAUGCAACCAUCAAUAUACGUCCAACGGUUGCGUUAAAUAUGCGACCAUCGACAAGUGGUCUUGCUAGAACCAAAGAAAAUUUCCCGGCCUUAGGGGGUGGUAGUUCUCAGAGAGAGCCGUUUAAACCACCAUCUACGGCGCAAACUGUAAAUGCCAGUACGUUACUGUUUAAAACACCAGCCAAACCAGCAUCUAACAACAAUAAUAAUACAUCGAAUAAAAAUGGUGCAACAAAUAAAGCCAAAUCAACGCCAACCAAAUCAAAUGAUUUUCCAGCAUUGCCGGGCGGUUCAUCGUCGUCGUCGAAACGAUCAAAUCUUGAAAGUGAUAUGAUUGAAACGCCAUUAUCGUUCAGUUCAUCGGCUGUGUCAUCGAAACAUCGAGUUUUGGUUCAGGCAUUCGAUACGUCAAGCUCAGCGGCCAAUGCAUUAGCCAAUCAAAAGAUAAAAACCAUUCAACGAACCGAAACAAAAUCACAAUCGGUUGCAGCCGAUUAUGUGCCAUCGAUUAAAUCAAAGGAAAAUUUUCCAGCACUUGGUGGUGCAUCAUCGUCAGUCGGCGCACCUCAAUGGUUGAACGGAACAAAUGGUACUGGGAAAAAACAACAACAAAUUAGUAAAAAACUAAAAGUCGCACCGGCACCAAUUUUACCAACCACUAAAUCAUUCGAAAUCAAUAAAAAAGACGAUGACCCGAGUAAGAAGGUCAAAUCAAAACCAAAUCAAAAUGAAAAGAAAAAAGAUAAAGCCGACAAUUCAAAUGGUAAAAAAAAUGAUAGUGUUAAGAAGACAAAAGAGAACAACGAGAAAAAUGCCAACGCAAAUAAAAGCGAAAAGAAAAGAAACGACUCGAUUGCAACAGAGAAUAAUGGUGACAACAAUACAAUAAAUGGAAUUGUUAAUUCAUAUUCAUCGGUGGCACAUUUUACAAUGCCACCACCCGGAUUCCCAGCUAAAAGGAAUGAAAAGAGCACAACUAUUCCGCCCGGUUUUGAAAAUUUAUCCAGUGACACAACAGCUAGCACAUACAUGUCACCGUCGAAUGCCUUGCAACGAAAUCAAAUUUUAGUUAGUCAUUUCAUGAAAUCGCUGAAAGCACCAGCCGUCGAUGAAUUUCGCAAUGUUUCGAAAUUAUUUCGCAGUGGAUUAUGCAAUUCUCGUUCUUACUAUGAACAUUGUGAAGCCGUUUUGGGUGAACGAUUCGAAAACAUUUUUCCAGAACUUCUUGCUCUACUGCCAGAUAUAAACAAACAACAGGAACUAUACCACACUUAUAUCGAGAAACACAAUGAAGCCAAAUCAAGCGAUAAUUUAAAUAAAUUACAAAAAUACAUUCAAGUUUGUGAUCGAUGCCGACAACUGUUGAAACGUGGCGAUGUUCCCGAACACUUAAAGCUUCACAACGAGAUUCAAAAUGAUAACAAAUUGAAUAAAAAUUUUCCGAAAUUAUCGAUUAAAAAGUAAAAUUUAAGAAAUGAUGAAUGACCUUUCAAAUUUGAAAACAGAUAAAAAAACAUUGUUUAGGGUAAUGUUCGUGUUUCAGAAAUGUGAAUCAAAUCAGACGUCCUUGUAUAAAAGAAAAAUGAGUACAAAAAGUAAAUCUUGUACAUUUUUAUUAGUAAAAAUGAAAUGAAUAAAUUACUUUGAACUUCUUUUAUUCGAAUAAGA